AUGAAUACAACAUCGAAUAUUCAUCAUUUAUCGGCUCGUCAUGCAAAUUCCAACAACCCAAUGACUAUUCGAUCGUCAAGUCCGUCAGUAGUCCUAAACACUGCAGCGAGUGGUGUUUCACCGGCCACAACCACUGUUUGUGAGGGCGGCGGUAUUCCUUCUGAUGCGUAUAUGUCGGCCGCUUCAGUCUCAUCGGCCGUCGACGCCAAUAACGCUCUUCAGGCCGCCUAUCUGGCCCUGCAAACCCAAAACCAGUUGCAACGCCAGCAACAACUCUCGGAAAUGAGCGCCUAUGCAGCAUUUCCACUACUUAAUUCCUCUUCAAAUGCCGGUCUAUCGCAAUCGUUAACAUCCGCCGAAGCAACCGAACGUCUUCUGGCCGCUCAAGCCAGUUUAUUGGCCGCACAAUCCGGCGCAAAUAUUUCACCGAAUUCAUUGCUGUCCGCUGCCGCACUCCUACAACAACAACCACCACCAGACGCUGCAUCGUCGUCUGUUUCGGUUUGCUCUUCGGCGUCGUGUUCGGCGUCCCCGUCGAUGGCUGUGUGCCCGGCGGCGAACGUUGCCGCCUCAUCACGACAAACUUCGUCGGCGUUCUCACCGAUUCGCGCGAUCGGUAAUCCGAUCACCUCAACGGCGCCGUCACGUCCAACGCAGCAAUACGCUGCCCCACCGUCAUCUUCACCCUCCACCACGACCACCACCACAACAACAACCCCAUCACUCGACAUGAUGUUACUGCAAAUGCAAAUGGCUGCCGCUGCAGCCGGUUUGGUUCAGACGCCGUUCAAUCUGCUCGCACCAUCGAAUCUGAACGCAUCGGCCACAAACACGGCACUAGUCAAUAGCCUUUUGGCACCACAUCUUCGACUACAACAAUCUUCUGCAACAGCCAGUGGUCUAUCGCCCAGUUUAGAAGCUGCCCUGUCUAAUGCGUCACUUACAGGUGACUGUACCGUAUCGUCACUAGCCCAGCAGCUAGCAGUUGCAGCUGCCGUGUCGGCCAAUCCAUCCAACGCGACAAAUCAACUCAUGACACAACCACAGAAUUUGCUCAUAUUUCUCAGUUCAUUCUGUUCAUUGCCACCACCGAAUUCAUCGCAAUCGCACCGCGCUCGCUCUCAAAAUGCUGAGUUCGCUCGAUUCACUCACACAAAACUGCAUCAGACUCACAUCGAUUACCAAGGAAAUGACGACUAG